AUGUCUGACACCGGCCGCAAACCUCUUACUGACCAGCUCUCCGAGAGCAUUACACCUGAUUCUCAGAAGUCCGGUCUUGAUAAGGCUAAGGAGAGUGUCACUGACACUGCCGACAGCGUUGCUGGUGCCGUGCAGCCUGGUGACAGCAAGUCAACCAGCCAAAAGCUCUCUGACCAGACCGGUUCAUCUGCCGACACUGUCACUGACAAGCUCGGUGCUGUUGGCCAGAACGUCCAAGAGACUGCUUCCAACCUCACUAAGCAAGGACAAGAGACUGCUUCCAACUUGAGCCAACAGGCCCAGUCAAACACUGGUGCAGCUGGUCAACAAGGUCAAACAUACUUGGAACAGGCACAGAACCUUGCCGCAGAUGCAUUGAAAGCUGCUAGCAACACUGCUGCGAACCUUGCCAACACUAUCAGUGGAGAGAAGAAAUAG